AUGGCUCGCAACGAGCGGACAGCAGCUCAGCGGACCCCCUCUCCUUGCCCCCGUUCUGCCAAGCUCAGCAUCUGCCAAGGAGGGGGCGGUUGUGACUCUGGAUAUGACCGGGGGACGGUGUGCGACACUGGAUGUGACCGGGGGCCUGUGUGCGACUCUGGAUGUGACCGGGGGACGGUGUGCGACUCUGGAUGUGACCGGGGGACGCUGUGCGACUCUGGAUGUGACCGGGGGACGGUGUGGGACUCUGGAUGUGACCGGGGGACGCUGUGCGACUCUGGAUGUGACCGGGGGACGGUGUGCGACUCUGGAUGUGACCGGGGGACCCUGUGCGACUCUGGAUGUGACCGGCGGACCCUGUGCGACUCUGGAUGUGACCGGGGGACGCUGUGCGGCUCUGGAUGUGACCGGGGGACGGUGUGCGACUCUGGAUGUGACCGGGGGACGGUGUGCGACUCUGGAUGUGACCGGGGGACGGUGUGCGACUCUGGAUGUGACCGGGGGACGGUGUGCGACUCUGGAUGUGACCGGGGGACGGUGUGCGACUCUGGAUGUGACCGGGGGACGCUGUGCGACUCUGGAUGUGACCGGGGGACGCUGUGCGACUCUGGAUGUGACCGGGGGACGCUGUGCGACUCUGGAUGUGACCGGGGGACGCUGUGCGACUCUGGAUGUGACCGGGGGACGCUGUGCGACUCUGGAUGUGACCGGGGGACGCUGUGCGACUCUGGAUGUGACCGGGGGACGCUGUGCGACUCUGGAUGUGACCGGGGGACGCUGUGCGACUCUGGAUGUGACCGGGGGACGCUGUGCGACUCUGGAUGUGACCGGGGGACGCUGUGCGACUCUGGAUGUGACCGGGGGACGCUGUGCGACUCUGGAUGUGACCGGGGGACGCUGUGCGACUCUGGAUGUGACCGGGGGACGCUGUGCGACUCUGGAUGUGACCGGGGGACGCUGUGCGACUCUGGAUGUGACCGGGGGACGCUGUGCGACUCUGGAUGUGACCGGGGGACGCUGUGCGACUCUGGAUGUGACCGGGGGACGCUGUGCGACUCUGGAUGUGACCGGGGGACGCUGUGCGACUCUGGAUGUGACCGGGGGACGCUGUGCGACUCUGGAUGUGACCGGGGGACGCUGUGCGACUCUGGAUGUGACCGGGGGACGCUGUGCGACUCUGGAUGUGACCGGGGGACGCUGUGCGACUCUGGAUGUGACCGGGGGACGCUGUGCGACUCUGGAUGUGACCGGGGGACGCUGUGCGACUCUGGAUGUGACCGGGGGACGGUGUGCGACUCUGGAUGUGACCGGGGGACGGUGUGCGACUCUGCAUGUGACCGGGGGACGGUGUGCGACUCUGCAUGUGACCGGGGGACGGUGUGCGACUCUGCAUGUGACCGGGGGACGGUGUGCGACUCUGCAUGUGACCGGGGGACGGUGUGCGACUCUGCAUGUGACCGGGGGACGGUGUGCGACUCUGCAUGUGACCGGGGGACGGUGUGCGACUCUGCAUGUGACCGGGGGACGGUGUGCGACUCUGCAUGUGACCGGGGGACGGUGUGCGACUCUGGAUGUGACCGGGGGACGGGUGGCGACUCUGGAUGUGACCGGGGGACGGUGUGCGACUCUGGAUGUGACCGGGGGACGGUGUGCGACUCUGGAUGUGACCGGGGGACGGGUGGCGACUCUGGAUGUGACCGGGGGACGGUGUGCGACUCUGGAUGUGACCGGGGGACGGUGUGCGACUCUGGAUGUGACCGGAGGACGGGUGGCGACUUUGGAUGUGACCGGAGGACGGUGUCUGGAUGUGACCGGAGGACAGGUGGCGACUCUGGAUCAGUCACAUAA